AACUCCCGCCACGUCAUUCGGCUGCUGGAAUGAAAGAAGGGACUUAGUUAUAGUGUUUUGAUCUGCUCUACCCUCGAUGACAUACUGAGAACGUCCAAAGGUUACCGCUCCUCUGCCUGCUACUGUUCACAAGCCAGCUUCUUCUAGUUUACCGCCGCCGCGGUCGGAAACGCGCAGCGAUGGCGGUAUAGCGGCAGUGGCCAAAGGCACCCCCUCCCCCAGGCCAGUGCAAGGCAGCAGCACCCAGCAGAGCUGGCAGCACCAGGCAACGGCACGAUCAUGGCGCUCCUCAAGGUAUCCCGCAGCAGCUUUGCUGUAUACGAGAAAGAAAGCUCAAAAUCAACCUCACAGCUCAAAUCCCUAAUACUUGAGAAAGAUGAGUUUAAGCGACGAGAUUGCAUUGGGGGACUUCCUGUCCCCCUUCAGCCAGCCGUUUUUGGCGGUUGAAGAAAGUUUGGGUCUCUUGGAUGACUGCAUCGAGGUGCCCGGGUUCCUCCCAUUGCAUGGGUUCUCCAGCGAUAAGGCUAAGGAUGGUGUCUCCGAACUGCUGCCUUUGGUGGAUCCCUUGGGCAGUUUUCAGGGAGAUGCUUUCUCCGGCAUGGAUUGGAUGGUGGAAAAGAUGGAUUUGAAGGAAUUUGAUUCCCUGCUUGGGAUGGAAGAUCUGGAAUCCACCAUCUCACCAGAUGACCUCAUGGCCACGUUGGAAUACUCCUGUGAUUUCCUUGAGGACCCACCUCUCACAAUGUCUGGGCAGUGUGUACCAUCACCAGACCCUCUCUCUAUUCCAGAACCUACACUGGAGGCUGAUCAAGUGGCCCCAGUGAAUCCUGAACUAACAGAAUCCACAAUCCCUAACCAAGACCAUUCCUUUAUAUUGUAUGUAGGCCUCGAGGUAGAUGUUGCAGAGGAAGACAAAAAAACCUCUGCAACAUGCAAUCUUGAAAUAAAGUGUGAAAAAGAAGAUUCCUCUGAUAAUGACAGUGGGAUCUGCAUGAGCCCAUCAUAUCUUGAAUCCUCCCAAGAAAGUUCAGAUUAUUCAGUAGAGUACCCUAGUAGUGUGCAAUCUGAUCCUGAGUCCCCAAUAUCUGAGAGACCCAAACCAUAUGAUCUUCCCUGUAAGGAUAGAGAAGUGUUGGCAAAGGUUAAAGUAGCUGGGGGGCAGCCCAAAGUAGACAAGAAGACAAAAAAAAUGGAACAGAACAAAACAGCAGCCACUCGCUACAGACAGAAGAAAAGAGCAGAACAAGAGGCAAUAUCAGGACAGUGCAGGGAACUUGAAAUGAGAAAUGAGUCCCUGAAGGACAAAGCAGAUUCUCUUGCAAAAGAGAUCCAGUACCUGAAAGACCUGAUGGAAGAAGUCCGCAUGGCCAAAAACAAACGAGCAAAUAGUUCUUAAGUAGAUGAUAGGUGGAGCGUUGUGUUGUUGUACAUAGUGGUUAUGUGGCAAGUGUUGUGUAAGAAUGUCUACUUAAUAAAUUAUUUUAUAGUUAAA